CAGUAAAACCAUCAGUUUGUCUUCGCAUUCGUCCUACAACUAAACCCUAGUCGCCAAGUUCCUCUUUUUUUCGCUCUCCGCCGCACCUCUUGAAGUUCAUCUUCAUUUCCAUUUUCGCCGCGGAGAAUUUGACGAGCUAAGUUUUCUUCUGAUCAAAUCAUUCACAGCUGCGGACGCACAACUCAACUGACCUCUCCAUUCAGGAGGAAAUGUUGGUCGAGAAUGAGACUGGUGUAGCUGAGCAGAAGGAAAUGUUGGGUGGACCCAAGUCGCCAUGGAAGACGCCUGUGGCGUCUGUCAAUGCGAAACCCGCUGAUACUUCUGUCUUGGGUCCGGAGUCAUGGCCAGCGCUUUCUGAUUCUCAGAAGAUGAAGAAUGCAGAAUCUGCUGGUGCUGAUAUAAAAGAAUCUUCUGAAGUUAACGAAGCUGAUUUGGCUCAUCUAUCCUCUGCCUCUCAAGCUCAGAGGACUGGUGAGCAGCACAAAAUGCACAGGAAUGGAAAUCCAAACUCUUCAAAUAAACAAGGUCCAUUACGCUAUCAGAAAACAGGUUCCAGACAGAAUCCCAAUGGCGCACCUCAAUUCCCUGUGCAAGUUCCUUAUUCACAGCAGUUGGCUCCUGGUUUCCAUGGUAUGAUGGUACCUUUGCCAUCCAUUCCAGUCCCUAGAUAUCCAUACCAGCCAUACUCUACUCCCUUUCCAAGCAUGGAGAACAACAACCUAGUAAAAUCAGGGACCGAGAAAAGUACUCAAAGUUUUACUCCCUCAAUCAAGGGAGGACCAGAUGCAAGCAGAAACCUGCCAGCUACACCUUUAGAUGAACAAAAUGCUUAUGCUACUAACUUUUCAAAUAGAAGACCUAACAUGCCAGAAUCUGCUGGCUAUUUCAAUCCUGCAUGGAAUGGUCACCGAGCAUUUGGUCCUAGAGAAAACAUGAUCAUGCAGCAAAGUAAUGGUUCAAGGCCUUUCAUAAGGCCUCCAAUUCUCGCUCCUGUACCUGGUUUCAUUGGUGGAACAAAUUAUCCUGGUCCUAUUCCUGGAUCCAUUUAUUAUUUUCCUGCUGGACAUCCGGGCUUCAUUAGGGUUCCUUAUACCCAACAGUUUGUUCCACCUCCUCCAAGCCCUGUCACUUAUAUGAUACCCACUGAGACUUCACCUAUGAAAGCCAAAAUAGUAAAACAAAUUGAAUAUUAUUUUAGUGAUGAGAAUUUGCAGAAUGAUCAUUACUUACUCUCGUUGAUGGAUGACCAAGGUUGGGUUGCGUUAAGUAUUAUUGCUGACUUUAAGAGGGUCAAGAACAUGAGCACAGACAUACAUUUCAUACUUGAUGCUCUUUUGAGUUCUGAUGUUAUUGAAGUGAAGGAGGAUAAAAUUCGAAGACGCGAUGAGUGGUCAAAGUGGGUUUCAUUUUUCAAACAACGAGUAGUGUCUUCAACUAUUGAGAAGUCCCAGGAACAGAGCAUAGAGAAGACCACCACUUUGAAGAACGAAUUACAUGAAAGAGCUGAUGAUAAGAAAACUAGUCUUGGAGGAUUUCAGGAACACACAUCAUUGGAUAAUGAUACUCUAUUAUCUCAUACAAAUUCAGAACUAAACAAGGAAAAGCCUCUGAAUAAUAGUGCCAUGCUGUCCUUUGGCAGGAUGGCCCAUGAUCCAAACAAGGGAUUGCGUUCAGAAUCCAAUUUUAAAUGUACUGGCCUCAGGAAUAUUGACAGAACAGACUAUUCUUCAGAAGUCAAUCCUGCUAAUUUCAUUGGAGGAGGAGAUAUUGAAAAUGACACUAUGGAAGUGCCAUCAGAGCAUCUGGAUAGCUUAGCUAAUGAUCUUGGAAGCACAUUCAUGCUUGAUGAAGAACUAGAAGUUGAGUGGAAAGCAAGGAAGGAACCUUUAUCUCCAUCAAGAAGAAAUAUUACUCGCAAAGUUGAUGAUGAAGAUGAUGAGAUGGUUGUUGAUGAUCAGGCUGUAGAGCGACUUGUAAUUGUCACCCAGAAUAAUGAAACAAACAGAGAAUCUGGCAAUCAGGGACAAGAAUUGAAGUCAAUUUCCAAUGAGCUUGCUUCUGCUAUUAACGAUGGCCUUUACUUUUAUGAACAGGAACUCAAAUCUAAGAGAUACCGCAGAAAAGGUAACUCAAAUUUGGAUAGUAGAAAUGCUAACCCAAAAGCUUCCACCAAUAAUCAGCCAAUGUACUCUGCAAAACCUGGUGACCAUCCUACUGGAAGCAGUAUUGAAGGGCCAGUAAACGCUAAUUCCAGAAGGAAGCAAAAUAAAAGCUUUUCCAAGCAACAAUUUACCCAAAAGCAACGUUUGUUUAUUAGUGGCUCCAAAAAUCAUGGAACUUCCCUGAACUCACAUGGCAUUGUGUCAGAGAGUCCGCCUAGUUCGUCUGUUGGGUUUUUCUUUGGUUCUACUCCCCCUGAUAUUCAUAGCCUUAGGUCUUCAAGGCUGAGUGCUUCUCCACAUGGAAAUAUUUCAGGCCGAAGUCCACCUGUGGGUUCCCUGCCCAAGUCAUUUCCACCCUUCCAGCAUUCAAGUCAUAAGCUUUUAGAAGAAAAUGGUUUCAAACAGCAAAAGUACCUGAAGUAUCAUAAGCGUUGUUUAAGUGACAGAAAGAAGUCGGGAAUUGGUUGCAGUGAGGAAAUGAACACAUUAUACAGAUUUUGGUCUUAUUUCCUUAGAGAUAACUUUGAACGUUCUAUGUAUGACGAAUUUCGGAAACUAGCACUAGAAGAUGCUGCUGCUAAUUACAAUUAUGGACUUGAAUGCAUUUUCAGGUUUUAUAGUUAUGGCUUGGAGAAAGAAUUCAGAGAGGACAUUUAUGAGGACUUUGAGCAACUUACACUGGAUUCCUUCGCCAAAGGAAAUCUUUAUGGCCUUGAAAAGUAUUGGGCAUUCCACCAUUACCGUGAGAGGCGAGACCAGAAGCCAUAUCUGAAGAAACAGCCAGAGCUGGAAAAAUUGCUGAAGGAAGAGUUUCGUAGCCUUGAUGAUUUUCAACGAGCCAAAGAAAAGACCGAAAAAAUCAAGGAUGAGCAUUAGCCAACUGGAAAGAGGUGGUUUCUAGAUACAUCUUUUAAGUGGGGAAAAUUAGAGUUGGCGGCCUAAUACUGUUGUUUUUUGUGUUGCCAGUUUUGUAUAGUUUUAUGGCUGGGUGCCUUAAAAUAGAGAGCUCUGCAUAUGGCUGGGUGCCUUAAAAUAGAGAGCUCUGCAUAUGGCUGGGUGCUUGAUUUUUUUGCUUGUGUACAUAGUGGGAAUUUUGAUGAAAAAUGCACCCCAAUCCCCUCCUCCCUCCACAAAAAUAAAAAAAAAGAAGAAAAAAAAAAAAACCAAAAAAAUGGAACAUUUGUAAUACUGGAAGUUGUCUUUAGUUUGAACUAAGAGAUGUUGAAUUGA